AUGGCUGGUCUCUGCUGGGACUACCUUGAUGACAUUGUUCAGCCUUUCCGGGUAAUUGGUGGAAACAAAGGAGGUGUAGUAGCUCUUGUGGAAGGGCUUAAGGGAUUUGUUCCAUUUUCGCAAGUGUCAUCGAAAACAACCGCUGAAGAGCUGCUUGACAAAGAAUUGCCUCUAAAGUAUGUAGAGGUCGAUGAGGAACAAGGCAGGCUUGUCCUCAGUAAUCGCAAGGCAAUGGCAGAUAGUCAGGCCCAGCUUGGCAUUGGUUCAGUUGUCAUGGGAACCGUUGAGAGCCUAAAACCUUAUGGUGCCUUCAUUGACAUCGGUGGAAUCAAUGGCCUUCUCCAUGUCAGCCAGAUUAGUCAUGACCGUGUUGCAGAUAUCUCAACAGUUCUGCAACCAGGAGAUACCCUCAAGGUUAUGAUACUGAGCCAUGACCGUGAAAGAGGUCGGGUCAGCCUUUCUACAAAGAAGCUUGAGCCAACACCUGGUGACAUGAUCCGUAAUCCCAAGCUUGUCUUUGAGAAGGCAAGAAUAAACAAAAACAACAUUUUCUCUUGUGCUGAAUAUGUUUUAGGUAACAAACGGACAUAUUGUUGCUUCUGCUCAAAUCAGGCUGAUGAGAUGUCUCAGAUAUUCAGGCAGCGAAUAGCUCAAGCAGAGGCAAUGGCUCGUGCUGACAUGUUGAGAUUCCAGCCAGAGAGUGGAUUGACCCUCAGUUCAGAGGGCAUCUUAGGACCAUUGUCGUCGGACGCACCUUCAGAGGAUUCUGAACCCACAGAUGAAUAG